GCUGGCCGUGUUCCAACGAAUUCACCAAUGGCAUUCAUCGUUUUGCACUCGUAGGCGGAACUUCCGGUUGCCUGUAUAAACCGACUGAGGCCUGCCCCAUGCGGUUUUGAUCCGGUGGAUUCAGAGCUAACGUCGUACAGGCAGAGACAUAUAAACACCUAUAAUGGCUGAGAAUGACGUCGACAACGAGCUGCUCGAUUAUGAAGAGGACGAGGAGCCACAGGGAGCCCCUGAGAGCGCGACCCCCGCCGGGAAGAAGGAGGUGAAGGGGUCCUACGUCUCCAUCCACAGCUCCGGCUUCAGGGACUUCCUCCUGAAGCCGGAGCUGCUCCGCGCCAUCAUAGACUGUGGCUUUGAGCAUCCAUCUGAAGUCCAACAUGAAUGCAUCCCGCAGGCCAUCCUCGGCAUGGAUAUCCUGUGCCAGGCCAAGUCUGGCAUGGGCAAGACGGCUGUGUUUGUCCUGGCCACGCUGCAACAGAUCGAGCCUGUCGACGGGCAGGUGUCUGUAUUAGUCAUGUGCCACAUACGAGAGCUGGCCUUCCAGAUCAGCAAAGAGUACGAGCGUUUCUCAAAGUACAUGCCCACCGUCAAGUGUGCCGUGUUCUUUGGCGGCAUGCCCAUCAAGAAGGACGAGGAAACCUUAAAGAAGAACUGCCCUCACAUCGUAGUGGGAACGCCGGGUCGGAUCCUGGCGCUGAUCCGCAACAAGACCCUGAGUCUGAAAAACGUCAAACACUUUGUCCUGGACGAGUGCGACAAGAUGUUGGAGCAGCUAGACAUGAGGCGUGACGUGCAGGACAUCUUCAGGAUCACGCCCCACGAGAAGCAGGUCAUGAUGUUCAGCGCCACCCUGAGUAAGGAGAUCCGACCAGUCUGCCGCAAAUUCAUGCAGGAUCCGAUGGAGGUGUUUGUGGACGACGAGACCAAACUAACGCUUCAUGGUCUGCAGCAGUACUACUGCAAGCUGAAGGACAGCGAGAAGAAUCGCAAGCUCUUUGACCUUCUUGACGUCCUGGAGUUCAAUCAGGUGGUGAUCUUUGUCAAGUCGGUGCAGCGAUGCAUCGCCCUGUCUCAGCUCCUGGUGGAGCAGAAUUUCCCUGCCAUCGCCAUCCACAGGGGGAUGGUUCAGGAGGAAAGGCUCUCUCGCUAUCAGCAGUUCAAGGACUUCCAGCGGCGGAUCCUGGUCGCAACCAACCUGUUCGGCAGAGGGAUGGAUAUUGAGAGAGUGAACAUCGUCUUCAACUACGACAUGCCUGAAGAUUCAGACACCUAUCUGCACAGGGUUGCCCGUGCUGGUCGGUUUGGAACCAAGGGCCUGGCUAUAACCUUUGUGUCAGACGAGACCGACGCCAAGACUCUGAACGACGUGCAGGACCGCUUCGAGGUCAACGUGGCCGAGCUGCCGGAUGAGAUCGACAUCUCAUCUUACAUCGAGCAGUCCAGAUGAGCCGAGCCCAGCCGGACCGAAGCCUCCUCUUCAUGGAUCCAGUCUUUUUAUUUGGAAGUAGAUGUACUUCACUGUUGAUUUGAAAGAUCUGCACGUUUGUUCUCAAAACAUUUAUUUUUUAUUGUCAGUUUAUCCGGGGAGGGCGGGGGGGUUGAUUUUAAUUUGUCUUUCUAUGUUUUUUUUUUGUUUUUUUGCCCAAUUAAAACUUUUUAUAAAAUGCCAUUGUUAUCCUUGUGGUCUCUCAUGAGACUGUCUCUGCAUUGUUUUAUUGCUGUGUUGAGAUUAACCUUACGAGAUUAAAGGAAUAACGUGGAGCAAC